UUUGACAAAAGAGCGAAGGAAACGUUGCUUAGAAAUAUGGUUUCAUCGAACAGUCGGCAGAUAAAAAUACUGAAUGUGAAUUAGCAGCUCUAGGGUAAAAGUGUUUCCACAAUUUUAUAAACUGAUUCAAUUUAAAUGAAUUCACCACCAGAGAAAGACAUAAGAACAACCAAACAGCUACCUUAAAUUGUCUUCAUUACUCCCCAUUGGCUUGAUCAGUUUAGCCUAAUGGUUCACCUACUACCGUUUUUCUGUCUCUGUAGAGCAAACUUAAGCAAUUUAACAGAUUUUCACAGGCUACAAAGAAAGCAACAUCUUCACUGAAUGUACUACUGGCCAAGAGAUGCGCCUGGAAGCAUGUUGUAAUGGAUUUUUGGCCUAGAUUUCACUGAAGUCGCUCGUCGUGGGCGUGACAUUGGUUUCUCAUUUUCUCGAAUCCAAGGAAAGGACGGGUUUGCAUGAUUUAGGAAACGUCAUCAAGUUCGACUGAGGGAAAUGAAAAAUUCAUACCCAUAAUCACCCUAGAAGAUGUAAACGAUGGAAAUGAGAUUGAAUAUUUUAUAAUUUCAUUCACAUGCCUCUCAAACUGCAGCAAUAUGUAAUUCUAAUGGUACUGAAAUGCAUUAUCCAUCGCCAAGGUUUAAUAACGCCUGGAUAAAACGCAAAUAUAGACAACCUGCAUUUAAUCGGUAUUAGACAGAAAGAGAUCAGAAUGCCAAGGUGGCCUAGAAAAAGGAUAUUCCAGACAGUGCUGAAAGUGGCCAUCUUCAUCGUGUCCAUCCAAAUGAUUCUGAUGAUAGUAUUUUCGUCGAAGCGUCUUCCGGACCAACAGAGCGGUUCACAACGGAAAAAUGGCGCUCCUCAACGAGUUUGGCCGGCAAUGAAGAAGCGGAUCCCUUUAAACUACAAGGAAGCAGUAAAACUGUACAACGCUGCAUGGGCUCUCAGGAACAAAAGGCCCAAAGACUGUGUGAAGCCAGUGUUUUCCAAGCAUGAUCUUCCUAGAGUGGCGUUGGCUAGCUAUCCCGGGUCCGGGAACACUUGGGUACGACACUUGGUACAGCAAGCAACCGGUAUUGUGACGGGCAGUGAGUACUUGGACAUGGGUCUCUCCUCUGCGGGAAUGAUAGGGGAAGGUUACAAUGGAAGCAAUGCCAUUAUGAUAAAGACACACGAGUUUGGGGCCGACAAAAGGAAGGGUUUUGACAAGGCAGUUUUGAUUAUUAGAAAUCCAUACGACGCCAUGAUGUCCGAGUUUCAUCGGCGUCAAGGCGGCCAUCUUGGACAUGCCAAAUCCAAGCACUUCACGGACGGUACAACCUGGCCAGAAUAUAUACGGUUCGAAGCCAAGCGAUGGCUGAUGUUUAACCUGGACUGGUUGCACCUCUUCGAAAAACCAUUGAUGGUGUUGGCUUAUAGUGAUCUCUUAAAAAACACCCAUGACACAGUGGUGCGUUUGACAAAAUUCCUAAACAUAUCUGUCACCGAGGAACGCAUUCAGUGCGUCUUAGAAAACAGCCAGGGAAAAUUCCAGAGAUAUGCCCGGAAAGUGAUAGAUUUCGACCCAUAUAAUAAAUCAAUGAGAAGAAAAAUAGACGCAUAUUUGAAUAUUACAAAUAUUGCCCUAAAUGUUCGAAAAGCAGAACUAGACGCGAGACACUCAUUUGAUGGUGUUCAAACACUGUGA